GAGCAGCUGGUGCAUGUUCUCAACAAGGGGCAUCCUGUGCCCUAUGCCGUGUUGUGGGUCGACAAAGAUUCGGGCAUGUACAUGGGAGGCCAUAUCAUGAUUCUGGGCGGCUGCACUGGAGAUGGCAGGUACUACUUGCAUGACAGCCUCUCCAACCUCACACGCACUAAGACCUGGCAGGCCUUGACGCAUGCAGAGUUGAUGGAAUACAGCCCGUGGGCCAUGGUCGAUUCAUGGCCUACAGUGGAACAGCUUGGCGGCAAGGAAACCGUCCAUGCCAGCAAUGAGGAAUUGAAGAAAUGGUUCAGGGAGAAUGGCAAUCAUGGAAAGUGGUUUUACAGUUUCAUCCUUAGCAAAGACAAGUGGCAGCUGCACCUGCCGGAUUGACGCACCUUGGUAUGCCAAGGUGUCCAACCAUUGAUGGACAAAUUGCCGUGAUGGCCGAGGAAAAAAGGAAC